GAUUAUAGAUUUCUUUUUGUUUGAUUGGCCGUUUGAGGAAGCAAAUGGAAUAUAUUUUUACUUUACCAUAGUAAUUAUCACUGCCUGUAUAAACUCAGUUAAAGCUGACAUCUUAUAUAAUAUUGCAAACUGUUAACCGGCGCAAAUUGCAGUUUAAUGUAUUAAAGGCUGCCUGGCACACACUGUGUCCAGUGAAGUAACAACCAAGACUGUCAGUCUAAACUGACUGAAACACAUAAUGUGUGCAAUUGGUGUUGACAUCACUUUCAAGCUGUAUUGGAGUCAUGAAUGAAUAUACAGUGGUCAUGCAUUAAAGGCUUUGUGAAUAUGUGGCUGUCACUCUGAGUCUGUAAAAUGAUCUUCAACCUUUUCGACCUCUAAUGCAUUUCGUUCAGUGGAAUUUAUUCAUACAAUUACAAUGGAAACAUGGAGUGGGGGAGGCUUCAAAACCCACAAUACUCAACUGAUCAAAAUGAUAGUCAGAAAUUUUCCUUUUGUACACAUCAAAUUGGCAUGGGGACAAACAUGCAUGUUUUCUGAGUUUAGGUAAUAAUGUACGCAAUGACCUGCAUACCUGUGCGUUGUGAGUUGAAAAUAUCACAAGAUAAAGAAUAAAGUCAAAAUUUGAGCAUAUGAUAUCAGAAGUUGAGCUCUGCUGGGUUGGCCGUAAUUAGUGUAGACAGUAGAAGACAGUCAGGAGGUUUGUAUCGUAGAAAUACUUUUAAUUCAUAUAUUUACUGAGUAGUGCAGAGUUCAAGUUGUUUGAUAUUUUAAGCUCCUCAGAGUGAUGAAAUCUAUAAAAAUUAAGGUCACCCAUUAUGAUUUAACAGUGUACAUAUACAUGUUUUGGAUUCCAUUUAUAUCAUUGUAAAGCAUCAUGAAAGUGAACAAAAUGCAACAAUUAAUCUUUUAUGUGUCUGAAAUAUGAAAAUUUUCAUGGCACAGUUUUAUAACCUCGGUUCAAUUUGAAGUCAUCAUUUAAAUUUUUGAACACUGACCCCUAUAGUCUGAGAAGAAGAGAUUUGUUGAUUUUUUUUUCUAAUUUUUGUUGCUUUCAGAAAAAGUAUUUUGAUCAUUGUCCACUUGACAUGGCACCAGUUUCAAGCCAGGAUAUGGAUGGAACUAGGGGAGACUCGGGCUGUGCAGAGUGGUACCUGAACAACAUUAACUCAAUGCCUUGCCAGUUUUCUGCGUCUCGUCCCUCUGAACAGCAUAUGCAGUAUAACUUGUUUGGAUAUGAUUGUGAUAAUAACCAAUCUAAUUCAAAUUCCAAUAUUGCCAACGACCGUUUUACAGCAAUGGAUGAUCUUGUGGCCCGAAUAAUUGAUGAUCAGGAAGAUUCUUCUCUGUUCACCUCCAACAGUCUCUAUGGUAGUGAAGACUCCGCAUCCCAGUGUAACUCAGACAUUUUUUCAUUUGAUGGGUCUCCAAGCUUUAAUUUGGCUAGUGUUUGGUCAAAUGGAGGAGAGAACUUGCCAUCCAUUAGAAAUGAACAACAUUCUACAUUGGAUGUCUCUUAUCCUCGUAACUUGAAGCUUUGGGAGGAUAGCAUGACAGAUAUCAUGGAAAAUGGUUUACCUUGCUUUGCAAAGGAUGCCUCAGACCACAACCUGCAACAAACACCAGAAGAUGCCUACAACAAUUUUCUUUCGCAUUCUCAGCAUUCUAAUGACGACAGUAGAAGCUUAUCUUUGAGUAACUCUCUGUAUGGAAAAUGUAGCAUAUCUUCAAGUGCUCAUUUAAUAAAUAGCUUUUCUUCAAAUGAAAUGCAUAUAUCGUCUCCCCCAUCUCAAACAGCAAAUCGUCAAAUGCCUGGAAGAACGAAAUGCCCACAGCUCAUUACACAACCUCCUUCAUGUGAGCAUGUCGGUGAUAAAGCUCAGAAUCCCAGAAUGUCUUUCAUAAGUGGAAGAGGAGUUUCUUCCUAUAAUACAGCUGACUUUGCCAAAUCAGCAGCUAAAGGCCAGCAAGCAAUUAUGGGACAUACAACAUCUCAGAAAAAUCACACCUUUCACAUUCCUCAUUCAGUUCAAGAACAUUGCCUGGAACAAGAACGCCACAAGUCAACAAUUGAAUGUAGCAGGCCAGAUUACCAAAUACAAAUGAUGACUCCAGAGAAAAGACACCAUCCUGGUCAGAUCAAAAACAUAGCUCAUCCCAUACAAAUCUUGACAAGUACCUCAAGUGGUCAAGCUCAUUGCUGGUCAAAUCCAAGUGCUUGCACAUUACCAGAAGACUCUGUGAAACAACCAGUAACAACAGCAAGCCACCAAAACAAUGCUUUCAACUGUGCACAGAGAAGCCAGCGGUCACAGGGAUAUAAUCAACUGAUGGCUGAAGGGACUCUAUUGCAGAGCAGACUGUCAGGAAGGCUUCAAAGAAAUGGACCUGAAUGGCAGAACCUACCUAAAGAGUCUAAUUUAUGCGGCAAAAUACCCUCUGAAGUGAUGAGAGAAUCUUAUGAGCUGGCAGCGCGAAGAGGGGAAUGUGAUAUGAAUGCAACUAACCUUGCUAACAGAAAUCAUCAGACAGAAGGUAUUCGCCAACGUUGCUUUGGUGAGCUUCCAGCAGACUUGUGUACUCCUGCUGGCCAUUUUCCAAGAAAACCUAUGGUAAAGAUUCCUGCACACUUUCCUAACUCAAUGUUUGGGCCCCACUCUGCUGCAUUUUAUGGAGAACCAGUUGAGUAUUGUGUUGAUCCCUACCUCCAGCUUCCACCUGCUUUCUAUGGUCCAGAGUUAUUUUAUGAUAUUCCGCCAUAUUCAGUGUUUGGACUAAGACAAGUUUAUCCAGGAUUCAGACAUCCAAGGACUGGUCCAUCAAAUGAGCUCCAUUCCAAACUUGAGGAAUGCUAUGAACAGUUUAAGGCUAUUGAAAAGGAAAGAAAAAAGACUGAGGCAGAGCUUGCACGGCAAAAUCCAGCAAAGAAGAUCACCAGUAAUAAUACAUUGCCAAUACCAAGACUCCCACCGAACCCAUCAAGAGUUGACAGAUUAAUAAUUGACUCUUUCCGGGAGCAUGCAAGGAUAAUCACUCUUGUUGAUCGCAUGGAGAGACUCAGGGUUGAAUCUGUACAUGUGAACAUCCAAACAUCCCUUGACCAGUGGUUAGAAGCUAUUAGAAAAGUUCAAACCAUGAGGAAGGAAGAAAUCAUGAAUGCAUCAGAUAGAUAUCACCAUGGAGGCCAAAGACAUCCUGAUGACAAAGAUGUUCUUGGGCUGGCAACAAGUAUUGGUAUGUUGUCAGUGUCAACAAGACGUGCUCGAACCGCUACCUGGUGUGCUCUUCAAAUGGCUAGCAAAGAUGUACCUGAUAAGCGCUUUCUGUGAAACAAGCUGCACCAAGGAUUUUGAGUAAAUUUUAUGACCUUUGUAGUACGACAUUAACAGGGACCUUCACAUUCUGGUCAUCAGUCAUGUGACCGUUUUUUUUAUUAAGACUAGAUCCACCUCACAAAACUCGGUGAAAGGUUAUGAAUGGUUGAGAUCUAAUUGUUUGUCAACUAAAUUCUAUUCAUCGUUCUGGAAUUUCUUUAAAUGUUGUAUUAUGAGACAAAUCAGACAAUGUUAAGUGAAAAAAAAAGAACAAAAUUCUUGGCAGCAUCUGCUAAUUGGCAGUGCGAUUGUUAAAUGGUUUGUCUUUGUAAAUUCAAUAUUUUGAUAUGUAAACGGCUCAAGUCUAGUUCAGAAUAUUGCCACAAUAUGAAUUAUAGAUGUACAUUGUAGUAUGAAAUUAAUAACCUAUUUAUUAUAAUGAAUGAAGAAAUCCCUUUAUUCAUUGUGGAUUAUUGUUGGUCUUUUAAGGUAUAUUUGCAAAGUACAGUGUAAAAGCUAUUUUCUGCUGAGUUAAAGAUUUAUUUUUUUAUUUUUGUUACAUUUCAGCACCACACCAUACUCAUACAACUAUCAUCAUUUAGUGCUGUAUCAGAAUCAGAAAUUAUUGUUGAAAAAAUAUGGCUUUGCUGCAUUUAUCAAAAACGUUUUCUGUGGUAGUUCAUGUGUUGUAAUCCUGCUAUACAAGAAGGUAAAAUUGUUAGACAAGUGUGGUGGUGGGGUGAAACUCUAAUUGUAUAGACAUGAAGUGCUCUUACAUAAGAUCUAUUUUCUGAAUGUACUUAAUUUGCUUUUUAUGUUGAUGUGAACAGUGGUUAUAUGUAUGUGUGGACACUUAAUGUUUUAUAUAUAUUUAAUGGUUUAUUUUUUUUUAUUCAGUGUUUUUUGUUUAUGGUUCUUAUCUACAUGUAAAUUCAUUUGGGAUUUAAAUUGGUAUCAAUUUCAUAUAUUAUAGAGGACUUAUAGUCAGGCUCAAGUUCUUUUUGUAUCAUAACAUUCCAUUUUUUACGGACAUUCCAGUGUUCAUGUUUUGACAACUGUCUCUUUAUUAACAAUUCUAAAGAUCAUACAAACCAGAUGAAUAAUUUCAUCUUCAGUUUUUAAAGGUUCAAAUUGUGUGACGCUUUGUUUAUGACCAUGUUCCUUUCAGGCUAUUUGUUUUUGGUUUUUGUUAUAUAUUUCCCCUCAAGUCAUUUAACAUUUAGAUAUUGUCAGUUGUAUAUUGAGCUUUUUUGCUAAGGCUCAUAGAUAAAAGUCUUAAUAUGAACUAUAUUAUUAUAGGCUGCAGAAGCACAGACAACAGAGCUGAUGAGCUUGGUACUAGAUCUGAUUUGUUAUAUAAGUUUGGCUAGUUAAAAUGAAACUGUUGAAAGCAAGUGGGUCUUGUUAUUGGCUGAAUGUGAUAAAGGGUGUUAUAUUCAUAUGGCAGUGGGCUGCAUGUAAAUAUUCAUGUCACUAAUAUUAAACUAUACACUUCUUACGUGCUCAUUUGUAACUUAUGGAAUCUUGGAAAAAGGCUGGUUAUUAUUUAAACUGAUCAUGUAAGUUUGAUCAUGCCUAACCUAAAUUAUUUUUAUGAUAAUGUAAUCAACAAUGCAACUCCUUGUGAAUCAAAUAUACUUUGACCUUACGAUUUGUUUGUUUUAAAGUAAUUUCAAAAUGUUAUCUGUUCAUUCAGAGUGUCUUUGCUUUUGUAUUAUAUUAGAUUACAGUUGUGUAUCAGACUAUUUGCCAGCAUAUCAGAGAAAGUAUAUGCAGUAAUGUAUUGCUUUCUUUUAUAUUGAACAUUCAUCGUAAGAUUGAAAUGUGAUUGAGACCAGGUGCUGUCUUAUUUUAAAAAUUAUUUUGAUUUGAUUUGUGAAUGUGAUUGGCAUGUUAAGUGUCUGGCUGGGUGAUACAGUUAUACUGAAGAUAUAGUUAGAAUAAACUGACUUUCACAAAAUUAUCUCACUACUUCAGACUGCAUAUAUAUAUAUAUAUAUUUUUUUUUUCUUCAUAAACCUUUGGUAAUACAGUUAAGUGUACUGUUUCAAAAGUCUUUUCAAGUGGUGCAAACAAAUAGUACGAAAAGAAAAAGAAUCUUAUCAAUGUCGUAUGAUUGGAAUUAAACCCUGAUCACACAAAAGAAUAUUUUAAUAUUCCAUGUGGUUAUUAGAUGUUUCAAGGAAAUCGCCCAGCAUACCAUGCAUGUCAGAGACACUCCCAAGCAUAUGUGAAAAUAAUAUGCAGCUGUUUAAUACAGGAGUUUGUUUAUAAUCUUCUUGUUUCAUUUCAGGAGUAAUUAGCUGAGCAAAAUCUGCUACAAAAUGUAAUUUAUUGAUACAAUACGGCAUGCAUUGAAACUGAUAUCUGUAAUUUAUUAGAUGUCAUAUUCUUAAAUAAAAGAAAUGGGUUUAUUCUUUCAACACCAAAGAUAUAUGUACAUGUAUGUAUUUUGGCAAUUUUAUGAUUCCUUAUGUAUUCAGUUGGUAUUUAUUAUUUAUGCUGAGUGAGUGGUUUGUUUUUGGUUCCUUAUUGGGGUUUUUUUCUGUUUAAUGUUAGGUGUGAUGCAAUAAAUUGUACUUGCAGAAGUUCUGUAUAUUUAUAUUAAGGCUGCAGUUACCUCUGAAUGAUAACAUAUAUUUUCUGUAAAAUGCACCCUUUCAAACCUCUAGAGCUUGAUGGUCUAAGUACAUGUAUAUAUCAAGUGCUUGUUCCUUAGCAUUGUUAACCGUUGUAUUAUUAAAUUAUAGGAUUCCAACUCUUAAAUUAAUAGCAUUAAGGCGAUAAUUAAAUGCUAUCGUCUGUAUCAGUACCCUGUAUGUUAUAAUGUUAUUUUUGUACAGAAAUGAUUUGAAUAAAUACUUUCCUUAAGUGUUAAGUUAUUUAGAUGUGAUGUAAUUGAUAAAGAAGCCUUGAAUGUAGUCUUUCAUGUCAUUAUGGUACACAGUACAGUCGUAGAUGCUAACAUAUGCAGACACCAUUUUGUCUACUUAAACCUGAGAGUAGUGAGACUUUAGUGAGUCUUUAGUGAGACACUAUGAAUACAUGUAGCUUCUGAGCACUUGAAACACUGUUGAAUUCAUUUCUCAGCCUGAACAUGUUUUAUUGAUACAGGGUAGGAUUUCUGCAUGCUAAAUGACAGUUUAAUGUUGUUGUAAUUACCUGUCUGUUCAUGAAAAUAAUAUAAGUUCAGUAUCAGGCGUCGUUAUUUGGCUAUAGUAUUUUUCCAUCAAUGAGAGACAAAUCCAACUUCAUAGAGAGCUAAAAGUCAGUGUCAGUGGUACAGCCUCAAGGAAUGUAUAUGCAAUACUUAUUAUAUAUUUCAUAGUGUUGUAAAUAUUAUGUGUGUGUGUGUAUCUAUAUAUAUAUAUAUGUUGCUAGUAGUGGAAUAAGCUAAGUGAUAUUUCCAUAAUUGAGUAUAAACAGAUGUUUAUUGGUUGAAGGAAAUAAUGCUCCUCUGACGACAUUGUCAACCACUUGUUCACAUUUCACAGGAGAAAAGUAUAUAUAUAUAUAUAUAUACAUUGUAUAUUUAAAUGUAUUGUAAUGUUUCAGUGGUUCUAGGAUUGUCUUUGUUCAUUGUGGUUGUUAUUUUGACACAAUCAAUGAAUUCCCAGGUUGUGAAUUGCAUGUGAUUUGUAUAUCUUAAAGUAUUUUUAUAUAUGUCAGUGUAAUUGACACAUCAUAAGCAUUGUGGCAGAACCAAAAUACUUUGAUGUUAUAUUUUCACAAUAUAUUUCUUAUGUACAUUUAGAUGCAAUGAAUUAGUUCUUGAAAUGUAUGGUAUAUAUGCACAGAUUUAGCACUCAGAUUACCAGCUGAAACGCUAUACUUACAAUUAAAAUUAAAACCUGAUUACUGUAAGUUUUUCAUUAUUCAUUACCUACCAAGAACAAUAAAGUAUUUGGGUAAAAAGUAACGUUAGCAAAACAUCAUGUCCAUUGUGAAAGACUUAUAAGUGAAAUUAGAACUGUACUUAGCAAAUGGUUGUUGUUAGGAAGAUCUUCUGACCAGAAAUUUUCAUUCAAUUUCUAAUAGAUCUUGAAACUUCAACGUACUAUAGUCAAAAGCACCCUAUAAAUUAGUCUUCAAGUAAAGUGCCAAAUGUAUGUCAAAACUAAACUACAACCUGUUCCAGUCAGGGUUUGUUUUUGUUACAUGUGUAAAGUUUCUAGAUCUGAGUUUGUCCCUUCAUAUUAUAAGUAUCAGACAACAUCAAUGGGCAGAAUAUUUUUACUUCUUUGUAAGGUGUUUGGUUAAUGGAUAUGUGAAUCUUAUACACUGUAGAACUAGUAAAGAUUUUUUUGUUGAUUCACUUUUGUUCUUUAGCAGCAACUGUUUAGGGCUUGCUCAGAGCAUUAUGUUUACACCAUGAUGACAACUGAGGAGGAAAGUUCAUCUCAUAACAAUCUGGUUAUCAGUGCAUAGAUAACUAAGUGCUAUUAGAACAGAUAUGACAGAAACAACAUUUAUGUGGUGGUUGGAUCAUGGUCCACAUAUUCUUAUUUUAUGCAGUUUAUUAUGUGACUUUAUUAUGUAUAAGUAGUUGUGAUACACAUAAAACAUCAUUUGUGAAGUUACCAGUAUUUUGAGGAAAAAUUGUUCAAAUUUCAUACCUAAAAGAAACAGAUCAGUGGUGAUUAUGGCAAGAGGAAUUGACAUGAUUAUAAACCUAUCCACAACAAUGCAACAUUUUGUUUUCUUUGAUUUUCUGUGGUUAGUGUGGAUAUACUUGUUUAGCUUUUGUUUGCUGGUGCAUUUAUGGUAUGUUUUAUUGUAUUUUUGCACCAUGUACUUUUUACAUGAUAAUAAGUAACUUUUUUGACCGAUGUGAAUGUGGUUAUGUACAUGGUAAACUUUCCAUUAACCAGCUAGGUACAUAUAUGACAGCUUUAGUGCACCGAUUUACGUUUUGUUGACUACCAUUAUACAAUGUACAUCAGUGUACCUGUACUGUAUAUACCAUAAAUUAUCUGAGUAUUGAAAUCCAAAACAUCUUAGGAUUCCCACGUUCAUCUUAGUAAACAGUUUUCAUUUAAAAACUAAAAAGCUGCCUAUUGGAAAAAUGUGAAUAGACCAAUAGACCUACAUAUAAAUGUGUGCAUGCUGCUAAUAAUGAGAUCCUCUUCACUUUAGGCUACAACUAUGGCCAGCUGAGGCCAUUGUACAAAUAAUCAAAAAAUCGCUGAACAAGUUUUAAUUGUAGAGUGGUUAGCUUGACUAUUUUUUAAAAUCUACAGUUUUGCCCACUUCAGAACACUUACAGGUAUGUCUGAGGAAAAGAAUUUUGAGGAUUUGCUGAAAAUGAUCAAAGAUUCACAUCUGUUUGAGAGAAAUUUAACCAGUAGUACCUUAUUGAAUGUUUUGUGGUUAUUUUAUUACCAGUAGCCAUGCCUCUGGUUUAUUCUUGAUAAUGAGCAAAUACCAUUCUAGAUAUUACUACUUAAUGUAAAUUAGGUAAAACUUUCUCCUGGAAUCUUAAUUCAUGUGUUUGUAACAUUGGUUGGUGUAUAAAUGAUCCUAGCAGUAGGCAUUAUACAUACUAGGGAUUAUGUCGCAUUGGAGAAAGCAGACAUUUUGCAUCGUUUUUCAUAGGAAGCAAGAUUGAUGACGCAUCACUUGUUGAGUAUUGUGGAUUACAUAUAAUACAUUUGGCAUUAUAGAGAUGUAUUUGAAGGGGUCAUAGUAAUGAAUGGUUUUGUGAUUAAGACUGUGAUAAAGUGGUGAUAAUUUGAUUCUGUGGAUUGAGUUGAUGGGAAAAUUCCCAGCUUGCAAGUUCAUGUGGAAAAAUACCAUUGUUGAGUAUCACUGUUACAUUUAACCUUCGAGAGUUUGUUGUAUUUGAAUUUAGAACUUGAAUAUUACAGCUUGAUAGUUCUUCAGUCUUAUUAAAGGCAUGUGCCUGUUCUAUUUAAACAA